AUGGUGACUAUUUUUACUUUUAAUGCUACCACUCAUAUCCCUACUGAUCCUCAGGUUCUGGCAGUCUAUAACGGUUUGAAUAGGGCCCAAAGAGCCACGUAUGAUACUCUCGCUACUGACCGGGAAAGAAGCAUUUUCUUGAAUGGAAUUGCAGAAGAAAGGAGAAAAUCGGAGUUGGGAUAUUGUUUGCAGAAAGUGCUAUGUAUUAUUUUAGUGUAUCCCGUUAAUAAUAAUGAUGGUGAGGUAGAUCUUAUAUUUCUAUUGGCUAGAAGUGAGAAGAGUCUUCUCGGUUAUCAUAUGACAUAG